AUGGGCGGUGGUCCCGACUCGAAGCCCGAGCAUCUGCUCGUCAUCCUGCCCUUUAAAGAACCGACCGAGAUAUUCGACAGGAUCAGGAAGAACCAUCCGAAUAUCAAGAUUACGUUCAAGAGCUUGCUCUUCACCAGCACGCCGUGGAUGGGCGAGGAGGAUAUACCGAAAGAAAUAUACAAGGAUGCUACCAUCCUCGUCACACUGUCCGCUCUCCCUCCGAGUCCCGAAGCCUGCCCCAACCUCCGACUCAUCCAUUUCUUCUCCGCCGGCACGAAUCACAUCGCGAAUUCUCCAAUCUAUACAAGCACCUCGAUCCCGUUGACCACCUCGUCGGGCAUUCACGGCCCCCAAAUUGCGGAAUGGGUCAUCCUGACCGCGCUGGCCCACUCGCAUCACUACUCCUUCCUCCACACACUGCAAAAGAAUCGCGAAUGGGACAGAGCCAAGAACAUAAAGGCCUUGCAGAGUUUGAAGGAUAAAGCAGGCCAGCGACUAGGCGUCCUCGGCUACGGCAGCAUAGGUCGCCAAGUUGCCCGCGUAGCUCGCGGCAUGGGCAUGGAUGUCAUCGCGUACACAGCCUCUCCACGCACCACGCCAGAAUCGAAACACGACAAAGGUUUCAUCGUCCCCGGAACCGGCGACCCAGACGGCUCGAUCCCGGAAGCCUGGUUCAGCGGCCUGGAUAAGGUUUCUCUACGCAAUUUCCUCGCGCAAGACAUCGAUCACCUCCUCAUCAGCGUUCCUUUGACGAAAGAGACAACCCACUUCAUCGGCGCCGAAGAAUUCGCAAUCCUAGGCAAGAAGAAGAACGCUUUCAUAUCCAACAUCUCCCGCGGACAAAUCAUCGUGCAAUCCGACCUCAUCGCCUCCCUCAAAGCCUACGACGACAACGACCCAUUAGACGGAGGCGAUGGCGGAGGCGGAUUGCGAGGCGCGGCGCUGGAUGUGACGGACCCGGAACCGCUGCCCAAGGACGACCCGUUGUGGGAAGCACCGAACUGUAUCAUCACGCCGCAUAUCAGCGGGCUCGGGGAAGCGUAUGUGGAUCGCGCGUUCCAGGUGUUGGAGGUGAAUCUGGACAGGAGGGAGAAGGGGGAAAGGAUGAUCAACGUUGUCGAUAGGAAGAGGGGCUAUUGA